AUGUGCUUUAGAUGCUUUGGAAAGCAUAAUGCUAUCGACUGCAGAAAGGAAAUUACAUGCAAUCAAUGCUCCAAAGGACAAAACAGCCUUCUUCAUGAAGACACAAAACGCAGUAUCAACAGCAAUGGCCUUAAGCAAGGCCAAGACACACUAUUGGCAACAGCUGUUGUUUUAGUGAAAAACAAAGCUGGAGGUUACAACGAGUUGAGGGCGCUUAUUGACGGUGGAUCCCAGAAGACGCUGAUUUCAGAGGAAGCAGCACAAAUAUUAAGGAUUCCCAGAUUAAGGAGUACUAUAGAGGUCGAAGGUAUCUCCCAGACUACUCAAUUAUCAAAAAAUAGUGUCCACCUGACGAUCAAACCAAAAAUUCCAAGCAGCUUCAAAGCAUCAACGGAAGCAUUAGUUUUACCAAAACUCCAUAGAGCCCUUCCCAGCAAAAAGUUUGAUAUUGAUAUCAACAAAGAGUGGAAGGGCUACAGGCUAGCAGAUCCACGAUUCAACGAGCCAAGCAGAAUUGACACGGUGAUAGGUGUGGAUCUAUUUCCCCUGAUUAUGAUGGAGAAAAUAAAAACCGUGAAUGGAAUCUUGGGACAAAAAACCAAAUUUGGAUGGAUUGUGUCCGGAAAUAUAACUCGAGCAGCAAAGCAAAAAAUUAUAAGUGCCACUACAAUAAUAAAUCUAAAGGACCUGGAUCGCUUUUGGGAAUUGGAAGAUGAAGCUGAUGAGAUGAUUACAGACAAUGCAGAAUGCGAAAGAAAAUUCCAAGAAACAACUGUCAUCAACGAGGAAGGCAGAUUUGUGGUUUCAAUUCCAUUCCACCAAUAG